CAAUUUGUUUCUUGCUUUAGGUAGUCAGUCAGUCCAGAGGGCUCUUGGCCAUCCAGCCUGACUGCCUCUCCUGGUUGAAGAGCAUAGAGAUCACUAGUUUUGCUUUAGAAGAAAGAAGCCUGAGACAGCAGCCUAUGACGACUGUGAAGACAAUCCAGAAUUGCAAUUAUGAAUGGUGUUGCUGCUGGGCUCCUUCUGCAGAGCGUCUGAAAUGAACCUCUCUUAUUGAUUGUUUUUAUUGGCCCCAAGCCAGGAGUACUGGAUUCAGUUGACUUCAGGAUUAGAAAUAGAACAGUUUUGGUUAUCAUCAUAAACAUAUGAACCAGUGUGAUGGUGAAAUGAGAUGAGGCUCCGAAAUGGAACUGUAGCUACUGUUUUAGCAUUUAUCACUUCGUUCCUGACUUUAUCUUGGUAUACUACGUGGCAAAAUGGGAAAGAAAAACUGAUUGCUUAUCAACGAGAGUUUCUUGCCUUGAAAGAACGUCUUCGAAUAGCUGAACAUAGAAUCUCUCAGCGCUCUUCUGAAUUAAAUGCCAUUGUACAGCAGUUCAAGCGUGUAGGAGCAGAAGCAAAUGGAAAUAAUACCCUUAAGCUAUUAAAGGAGUUAACAAGCAAAAAAUCUCUUCAAGUGCCAAGUAUUUAUUAUCAUUUGCCUCAUUUAUUGCAAAAUGAAAGAAGCCUUCAGCCUGCUCUGCAGAUUGGUAACGGAAGAACAGGAGUGUCAAUAGUAAUGGGAAUUCCCACAGUGAAGAGAGAAGUGAAAUCUUACCUCAUAGAAACCCUUCAUUCCCUUAUUGAUAAUCUGUAUCCUGAAGAGAAGUUGGACUGUGUUAUAGUCGUCUUCAUAGGAGAGACAGAUAGUGAUUAUGUACACAGUGUUGUAACCAACUUGGAGAAAGAAUUUUCUAAAGAAAUCAGUUCUGGCUUGGUGGAAAUAAUAUCCCCUCCUGAAAGCUAUUAUCCUGACCUGACAAACUUAAAGGAGACAUUUGGAGACUCCAAAGAAAGAGUAAGAUGGAGAACAAAGCAAAACCUAGAUUAUUGUUUUCUAAUGAUGUAUGCUCAGGAAAAGGGAAUAUAUUACAUUCAGCUUGAAGAUGAUAUUAUUGUCAAACAAAAUUACUUCAACACUAUAAAAAAUUUUGCACUUCAACUUUCUUCUGAAGAAUGGAUGAUACUCGAGUUCUCCCAGCUGGGCUUCAUUGGUAAAAUGUUUCAAGCACCAGACCUCACUCUGAUCGUGGAAUUCAUAUUUAUGUUCUAUAAGGAGAAACCCAUUGAUUGGCUCUUGGAUCAUAUACUCUGGGUCAAAGUCUGCAACCCUGAAAAAGAUGCAAAACAUUGUGAUAGACAGAAAGCAAAUCUACGAAUUCGCUUCAGACCUUCGCUUUUCCAACAUGUUGGUCUGCAUUCUUCUCUAUCAGGAAAAAUACAGAAACUCACGGAUAAAGAUUACAUGAAACCAUUAAUUCUUAAAAUCCAUGUAAACCCACCUGCAGAGAUAUCUACUUCUUUGAAGGUCUACCAAGGACAUACACUGGAGAAAACUUACAUGGGGGAGGAUUUCUUCUGGGCUAUAACCCCAGUAGCCGGAGACUACAUCUUGUUCAAAUUUGAUAAGCCAGUCAAUGUAGAAAGUUACUUGUUCCACAGCGGCAACCAAGAACAUCCAGGAGAUAUCCUGCUCAACACAACUGUGGAAGUUUUGCCUUUAAAGAGUGAAGGUUUGGAAAUAAGCAAAGAAACCAAAGACAAACGAUUAGAAGAUGGUUAUUUCAGAAUAGGAAAAUUUGAGAAUGGUGUUGCCGAAGGAAUGGUGGAUCCUAGCCUAAACCCCAUUUCAGCCUUUCGACUUUCAGUUAUUCAGAAUUCUGCCGUUUGGGCCAUUCUUAAUGAGAUUCAUAUUAAAAAAGUCACCAACUGAUCAUCUGCUAAAAAACCAGUACAUUUUUUUCCUGUGAAUUUGUUAAUUAAAGAUAGUUAAGCAUGUACCUUUUUUUUUUUUAACUUGAACACUACCUCUUGUGAAAUCUACUGUAGAUAAGAUGAUUGUCAUUUCCACUUGGAAAGUGAAGCUCCCAUGGAUAAUUGCAUUCAUUCGAACCUAAGCUGUCCUCCAAUUUUAACUUGACUCAACAUUUUACAGUUAUGACAGCCUGUUAAUAUGACUUGUACUAUUUUGGUAUUAUACUAAUACUAAGAGUUGUACAUAUUGUUACAUUCUUUAAAUUUGAGAAAAAUUAAUGUUAAAUACAUUUUAUGAAGGGGGUACUUUUGAAGUUCAUUUAUUUUACUAUUAUAGACCCUCUUUUAUAGAUUAUCAGGGAUUAUAUAUAUAUAUAUAUAAAUAUAUAAAUAUACAUAAAAAUGUUAUGGAGUUAAUUUAUUAGAAACAUUUAAGAAGUACAUAUUUUUGUGCAGUAAAUUUUUGAAUCAAUACUUUUUUUGAAAAGUUACCUUGCUUUUUUAAUUUCUUUCUAUAUUUUUCUUUGGAAAUGCAAACAUUACAAAUGAAUGCCAUUUUUCAAAUGCACUGCCAUUUAAGAAUGAUUCUAGAUUGAUUUCCUAACUGAAGUACUUUUAUAAUUGCAGUGAUUCUGAACAAAAUAUUUUCAAAGGCAUUUGUCAUUCCUUAAAGCCAAGAUUUUAAAGACCAACGUCCUUCUUGAGGGUUAUUUUACUAUACUGUUUAUGGUGUAAAAAAAAAAAAAAUCAGUCUGAUAAAUUUUAAUGUGCAGGGGUCAUGCAUUCAGCCCAAA